UUUCUUUGCUUUCAUUUGUCUCAAGACAUUUGGAACCUUUUUUUCUUCUUGUACAAUGAUUCGAGAUUGGAUUCUCUGUGCUGGCUCUCGUUCGCAGGAGAGGCGGCAUGCACAAAAUCGGGGUGGGAAAUGGGAUGGUCUCUGCAUGGCUUUGCUUUUUGCUUUCAUUGCUUUUCGAUUCGACACAACGGCGCUUCGACGGACGGAAUGGCUGGUCUAGGCUGGCUCUCUGGUUUCACGAAACACCGAACACAUACAACGCUUGGGGGUCGCGCGCAUCGCAUUUGAAAGACUGGAGCUGGGUGGGAAAACUUUACACAUCUGGGUUCUGCUGUGGUUACUCGUUAUUUUCCUUUCAUAAGACAUGAUGGGGCUUGGGUGGAUUGGGGCUGGUUUUUCUUACACGAGGGAGGGAAAUCCUGGCUUGGGUCAGAUGUGCAUGAACCUGUCGUUUCCUCGCAUGGCUUGGGCUGAGCUUAUGGAAUCGUCUUCGGAGCGAGCGAAUAGGGCUGGAUACGAAGUUAUGAUGAGUGUGAACAAAUAUUCAAAAACCCCUAGCAUAACUUUUUUUCCUUCACUGCGCGAGCCAUUGGGUUGGCAACAGCGAAAUUCCUGUCUUUCGAGAGGUUCUUUUUCUUUCACCAUGAGACGUGGCCUGUUACUUCUCUCGCUCGCUGCCUGGUCUUCUGCUGGCUGUGGAUGGAUGGGAUGGGAUAAUGGGUCUUAGAAUUAAUGGAAAUGGAAAGUUGAACCUUCGAUUGAUGAUGAAUUGAUUACAUGAGCACGUGAUCGACGAGUAUCUCAUCGAACUUUAUUUUUGUGUACUGCCUUGCUGACACCCUCUUCUCUCAAUUAGGAUUCUCGACUCGGUCACAAUGACUGCAACAACUCCCUUUUUCGUCCAAUGUUCCAAUUUCCUCGACAUCGAAUUCUUCUCACGUGCCUUUCCUCCAGCUAUUCAGACCAAAGGUCCCCCUCCUCGCUUGCUUGCUUGGCUUAGCAACGAAGGUCUUGGCAUCGAAUGUAUCGCAGCUAGGGAUAUCUUACCGACUAAGCUAAUCGCACACGCACACACACACAGAUGAUGAUGGAUGUAGCGUCAUAGAAAUGGAGGAAGGGAGGGCUAGGGCUUGAUACCUUUCCCUUCGUUCAGUGCCAUCCAUGGUGAUCAGUGAUGACGGGAGCCUGGAAAGUUCUUCAGGGGGGGGGGGGUGG